GUCGGUACCUGAUUACUCAAAACGUCUUGGAAGGAAUCGUUAUUGGAUCUUUGGUUGACCGAUCUCCAUCAACGACGUCCGUAUGAUGUAUCCAUGUGGGACGCUCUCCGCACGACUCCUUCACUUGCUACCCUGUUUCCCGGCCUACCGGUAGGCGAAACGGCUGGAUGGAGAGUGAUCAGGCUCUCUCCAAAUUUGUCAGAGCCGCAUAUUGUUGAGGUUGGCCCCUUAUUCUGGCGGAGUCGCCCUGGGCGGUUGAGUUACGGUUUUGACACAAACGAAGCUACUCGACCGGUCCCGGUCUUGGCUCUAUGUCAACGGUACCCCGCUAGAUCACCGAGUCUACCUCGACAAAGACGGCAGACACGUACCCCACAUCCGGGGAGAGGGGACAUGGCAUGGCCUCAUCCUCGACAUUCCUCAGGAACCGAUGCACAUAAGCCGGAGAAGGGGACGAGUGGGCAAAGCACACAUGGAGCGUGGCUUGCCACAUGGCCCACCCCAUACACCUCGCGGCGCGGAGCCGCCUCUACAUCCAAGCCGUCAGAGUUGUCCAACCACAGCUGGAGAGCCCCUGUCUUGUCCAGUGGUUGAUGGGCUGAUAUCUUGUUCAGCUGGAAGCCGCAACGGUAGAUGGGGCACUUGGGAGCCGUUCCCCCCAGAUUCUCUGCCCCAGAUGGCUCGUCUCCCCUCAAAGCACCGGCUCCCGUCCAUCCCCAGGAUCUGUCCCCAGA